AUGGGUAUUUGCAGCAGCCGUGUGCACGGGGGGUGGCGGCAGCAGCAACAGCAGCAGCAGCAGCAGCAGCAGCAGCGCGCGGCGGCGGCUGCCUGCCUGCCGACAGCAGCUGCAGCAGCAGCAGCAGCUGCUGCUGCUGCAGCUGCUGCAGCUGCUGUAGCUGCUGUUGUUGUUUUUAUACUCAGCAGCAGCAACGCCGUGCAACAGCAGCAGCAGCAGCAGCAGCAGCAGCAGCAGCAGCAGCAGCAGCUCCACUUCGCCUAUUGGGGUAUAAAACCUACACCAUCUGGGUCCUGCAGCAGCAGCAGCAGCAGCAACAACAACAACAGCAGCAGCAGCAGCAACAGCCACAGCGGCGGCAGCAGCAGCAGUUGCAGCAGCAGCAGAAGAUUCAGCAGCAGCAGUAGCUGCAGCAGAAGUAGCAGCACCAGUAGUUGCAGCAGCAGCAGUAGCAGCACCAGUAGUUGCAGCAGCAGCAGCAGCAGUAGCAGCACCAGUAGUUGCAGCAGCAGCAGCAGUAGCUGCAGCAGCAGUAGCAGCACCAGUAAUUGCAGCAGCAGCAGCAGCAGCAGCAGCAGCAAGAGCGGCAGCGGCAGCAUAUGUGGCGGGCGGCGCAGCAGCAGCAGCAGCAGCAGCAGCAGCCGCCGCCUAACACUACCGAUUCCUAAGAGAAGAAACCCUCUUCGCAGCGUCAAGGCAGCGCAGCAGCAGGGAUAUGAUGGGGUGUAUAUACACUCAAAAUUGAAUAUAUCUUUUUGUCUCUCUUCGCCUUCUCAUUCGUCUGAAGUCUCAACAGCAGAUGAACUCGAAGAAGCAUCGCAGGUCCCAGCAGCAGCAGCAGCAGCAGCAAAGGCAGCAAAGGCAGCAAAGACCGCAGCAGCUGCUGGUGGUUGUGGUAGUUCAGCAGCAGCAGCAGCAGAUGCUUCUGCUGCUGCAGCUGCAACUGCUGUCGCUGCUGCUGCUGCUGCAGUAGGGGGAGGCAUGCAGCAUCAGCAGCAGCAGCAACAGCAACAGCAGCAACAGCGGCAGCAACAGCAGGACCCGUAUCCGCCUUCGCAGGAUCAGCGUCCGUUGCAGCCGCAUCAUGUGCUGCUGCUGCAGCAUCAGCAGCAACAUCCUCAACAUCAGCAGCAACAUCAGCAGCAUCAGCAGCAUCAGCAGCAACAGCAGCAUCAGCAGCAUCAGCAGCAACAGCAGCAGCAGAAGUAUACAGUGGGCCUCUAUGUGUGA